GCCAGAUCGGGCAGGGUGAUGUCCCAACCCCACUAUCGGCGACGGUCGACCCUGAUCUGCCCCAAGCACCGAAAGCUUCGGAAGUCGCGUGUUUCUAUCUUCAAGUCGCCCUCGACGCCGCUCUCUUCUUCUCUUCGACUCAUUCAACUGCCACCAUGUCGUCCAAGCACACCUACAAGCCCACAGGGCCUUUUGCCCCCCAGUACAUCCAGGGCGUCUACGCUCCUUCGGCCAUUCUGAUCGUCGGAGCUGCCCUGGUUAACAAGUCCCUGGUGCCUGUUGCUAUUGCCAUUGCCGCUGCUCUGGCCGGCUACCAAUUCUUCAACAACCAGGUCAAGAAGGUCCUUGAUCCCACUACCUUCCAGCAGUUCCCCUUGACCGAGAAGGUUGUCCUGUCGCACAACACGGCCGUAUACCGCUUUGGUCUUCCCAGCCCCAAUUCAAUCCUUGGUCUGCCUAUUGGCCAGCACAUUUCUCUCGCCGCCACCCUGCCUGUCAAGGACCCCAAGACCGAGGUUACCACCAACAAGGAGAUUCUGCGUUCUUACACUCCCAUUACCGAUGACACCACUUCGGGACACUUCGACGUUCUCGUCAAGAGCUACCCUACCGGAAACAUCAGCAGACAUCUUGCCGAAAUGAAGAUUGGCGACACUAUCAAGGUCAAGGGUCCCAAGGGUGCCAUGGCUUACAAGCCCAACAUGGUCAGCCGCUUUGCCAUGAUCGCUGGUGGCACUGGUAUCACCCCCAUGUACCAGAUUUCAAAGGCCAUCCUCCGUGGCCGUGCUUCGGGCGAUAAGACUCAAGUUGACUUGAUCUUUGCCAACGUCAACCCCGAGGACAUUCUCAUGAAGGACGAGCUUGACAGCAUGGCUCGUGAGGAUAGUGGUUUCAGAGUUCAUUACGUUCUCAACAACCCUCCUUCUGGCUGGACUGGUGGCGUUGGCUUCGUCACUCCCGAGAUGAUCAAGGAAAACUGCCCUGCUCCUUCGCCCGACAUGAAAAUGCUCAUUUGUGGUCCUCCUCCUAUGGUUUCUGCCAUGAAGAAGGCUGCCGAGAGCCUUGGCUACCAAAAGGCCAGACCCGUCAGCAAGCUGGAGGACCAGGUCUUCUGCUUCUAA